CUCUGAGAGAGGCUGCCGGUACACUGAGGAAAGCAACACGGUGCUGGGCUGCAUGCUAUGACUCACUCUCGGAAAACUUCUGCCUGACUAAAACCCGGAUAAUUCUUAGUUAUCAUUAGUUUUUCUGUUUUGUUUUGUUUUUUAAACUUCUGACAACGGACGUUUGGAUAUAAAGAAGAAAGUCUUUAGUUCACUUUUUCAGGUCUGGGGCAGUCAUUCGCUGUCGCUCGUAGCCGGGGACUUUGUGAGGGAGCUGUUUGGUGGAGGAUCUGGGAUGCUGGCACCCCGCGCGCUCCGCUCCUUGCUGUGCGCGCUCAGCUGCGCGUGGUGGCUGCACGCCGGAGCGGCCUCGCGACUCAAGUCUCCCGCUCUGCCCAUCCAGUCAGAGAGAGAGAGAGAGGCGCAGCCCUCCAAAGGCCUGUCAGGAUGCUCAUUCGGAGGCCAGCUUUAUUCUUUGGAGGAUACAUGGCAUCCAGACCUGGGCGAACCCUUUGGCGUCAUGCACUGUGUCCAGUGCUACUGUGAACCUCAAAAGAGUCGUCGCGGGAAAGUGUUCGGGAAGGUGAACUGCAAGAACAUCAAGCAGGACUGUCCAGACCCGGGCUGCGAUGACCCCGUCCUGCUGCCGGGGCACUGCUGUAAAACCUGCGCUAAAGAUGACAAAAAACAGACAGACGCCGUGCUGGACAGCUUUGAGUACUUCCACGAGAAGGGCAAAGAGAAGGAGGGCGACCUCCACAAAUCUUACAACGACAGGUCCUACCUGAGCUCCGAGGACAUGGGUCCGAUUGAGAGUCGGACUGACUUUGUAGCGGUGCUGACAGGAGUGACAGACUCAUGGCUGCCCAGUUCGAGUGGAGUUGCCAGAGUUCGUUUUGCUUUGACCAGAACCAGCCUGGCCUUCUCCAUCACAUACCAGAGGAUGUCCCGUCCCACUAAAGUAGUCUUCCUGGACUCAGAUGGGAACACUGCUUUUGAGUACAGAGUUCCCAAGGGACAGUCAGACAUGAUCUGUGGAGUAUGGAAGAACGUGGCCAAACCUCAUCUGCGACAGCUGCAGUCUGAGCAGAUGCGCAUCAGCAUGACUACAUCUACGAGCAGACGAGAAGAAUUGGAAGGAAAGAUCAUCAAACACAGGGCACUCUUUGCUGAAACUUUCAGUUCAAUGCUGACGUCGGAGGAGGAUAAUUCGGGGAUGGGAGGCAUCGCCAUGUUGACGCUGAGCGACACAGAGAACAACCUGCACUUCAUCCUUAUCCUGCAAGGCCUCAUCAAGCACAAAGAUAAAGAGCCUAUUCUGGUGCCCAUCCGAGUCCAGCUGGUGUACCGCCAACAUAUCCUGAGAGAGAUCCGUGCCAACAUCACCUCGCAUGAUCCAGACUUUGCGGAGGUGCUGACAGACCUCAACAGUCGCGAACUGUUUUGGUUAUCCCGCGGUCAGCUGGAAAUUGCUGUGGCAACAGAGGGUCAGGAUCCCAGACAAAUCUCUGGCUUUAUCACGGGCAGAAAAUCUUGUGACACUAUUCAGAGUGUGAUGUCUAGCGGCGAUGCGUUGACCCCAGGGAAGACAGGAGGAGUGGGAUCCGGUGUCUUCAACCUCCAUGACAAUGGAACCCUGGAUUACCAGGUUCAAGUCGCAGGUCUCACCAGCGACGUUGUGGGCCUCACUAUUGAGCUGAAGCCGCGGCGGCGAAACAAGCGUUCUGUCCUGUACGAUUUGACACCAGAGUACAACAAGGCCACGGGGCGGGCGGUGGGCAGCUGGAGUCGCCUGGAGGCUCGACACAUCCACAUGCUGCUGCAGAACGAGCUCUUCAUCAAUGUGGCCACGACGCACAGUCAGGAGGGCGAACUGAGGGGUCAGAUCAAGGCCCUGUACUACAACGGUUUAGAGGCGUCUAGACAGGAGUUGCCCACUCCUCUAGCUGGUCACUUUGUGUCCCCACCAGUAAGAACCGGCGCCUCGGGCCACGCCUGGGUGUCGGUGGACAAACAGUGUCACCUGCAUUAUGAGAUAGUCGUCGCAGGCCUCAGCAAGGCCGACGACCUCACCGUGAACGCCCACCUCCACGGACUGGCCGAGAUCGGAGAGAUAGACGACAGCAGCACCACGCACAAGAGACUCCUCACCGGCUUCUACGGCUCCCAGGCCCAGGGAGUGUUAAAGGACAUCAGUGUUGAGCUACUGCAACACCUUGACCAGGGCACGGCCUUCAUCCAGGUCAGCACCAAGACCAACCCUCGAGGAGAGAUACGAGGACGGGUCCACGUACCAAACAACUGUGAGUUUGGGACCAGAGGAGAAGUGGAGGAGGCCGAGUUCGACGACCUUUUCGUCAAAGACCCCGAGGAGCUGAAGAAAGACCCUCAUACCUGCUUCUUCGAGAACCAGCACCACGCUCACGGUUCCCGCUGGACGCCCAACUACGACAAGUGUUUCUCCUGCAGCUGCCAGAAGCGAACUGUGAUCUGUGACCCGGUCAUCUGUCCAGUGCUGACGUGCUCCAGAACCGUUCAGCCUGAGGGCAAGUGCUGCCCGGUCUGUGACGAGAGGAAGGAGCCCAAGGACAUGAAAGCUCCAGAGAGGGUAGAAGAAAAUCCAGAAGGUUGUUACUUUGAAGGAGACCAGAAGAUGCAUGCCCCAGGAACCACAUGGCAUCCCUUUGUUCCCCCCUUUGGCUACAUUAAAUGCGCUGUCUGUACUUGCAAGGGAUCGACCGGAGAGGUUCACUGUGAGAAGGUGACGUGUCCGGUGUUGACCUGCACUCACCCGGUGAGGCGUAACCCCUCUGACUGCUGCAAGGAAUGUCCGGAGGAGGAGAGGACCCCCGCGGGCCUGGAGCACAGUGACAUGAUGCAGGCGGACGGCCCCAGACACUGCAAGUUUGGCAAGAACUAUUACCAGAACAGUGACAGCUGGCACCCCUGGGUGCCUCUGGUGGGCGAGAUGAAGUGCAUCAACUGCUGGUGUGAUCACGGUGUGACCAAGUGUCAGAGGAAGCAAUGUCCAGUACUGACCUGCUCCAACAUCACCCGCACGGAGGGCUCGUGUUGUCCUGAAUGUGUUGACAACAAAGAGGAAGAGGACGCGACGAUGAAGGCUCCAGACAAAAGGCGGACCUGGAGACACUGAUCGUCCGGGACGCUCGCCCCAAAAAAAGAAACCCCAGACCCUUCGGCUAUUCCACCCCCCCGACCCUCCUCCUUCCAGACGGACCCGAACCCAGAGCUGCACACUGGGGUCCUCCCCCUCAACCCGACCCUUCUCACCUGACACCCACCCUGUUAUCAGCUUCAGGAUUGUAAUGAAGAGAGACCAGCAGAUGUGGUGGAACAAUGAAGCGGAAAUGAAACACUCAUUAAGUGAAGGGCUGAAUCUACGGAGAGGACCAACCAGACUUUACUCAUCUGCUGCCUUCUGCUUCCUGCCUUCAGUGUUUUGCUGGAAUUUUUCUUGUUUUUUCAAAAGCAGCUCGACGGGACAAGUGGUGCAGCUGUAAAAUAUAACACAGUCGUUAAGCGGGACUCUUGAAAUCCAGCUGGAUUUGAAAUGUUGGUAAGACUGUUUGAGUUGUAUUCCGCCGACAGGGCUUCUUUUUCGAAGUACAGCCAAUGGCUGCUGCAGUUCUCGCUGGACGCAGCCGGGAAAGCGCUGCUUUAAUAAAUGUGUGUGAAUGUGUGCGAGUACAAGUGUGUGCGUGUGUUUUUUUUUUUUCUGUUUUUUUUUUUUUUUACCAGUAAAGAGUACGAGUAAUCAGCAAUACAGAUGUACAAGACAGUAAACUGAGUGGGUGGCAAGGAGGUGUUUAUGAACCAAAACAAACAAAAAAAAAAACUAAAAACGUGUCGUUACCUGUCUGUUCAGCCAGUCUGCAGCUUCCAUUUGCUCUAAGAGUAUAUUUCAGUAUCAUUCAAGUGGGCGUCACGCGGGAUCAGUGUUGUUUCCCUGGAAGAAAUGUUUGAAACACUUCCUGCUGAUCUCACUGCUUCUCCGCUUCAGUUGUUCCUAUUUCUGUUUUGAAUUAAGUAAUAUUUUAUGGAUUUUUUUCUAUCAUUGUCGUUUAUGAAUAUGAAGCUGGUUCGUAUUUUGUAUUUAUUGAAUGGUGUGGAAACAAAAUAAAAAAAAAGAUGUUUGUCGGUUAAA